AUGGCGCGCAACGGCGGCAUCGGCAUCAUUCAUCGCUACCUGUCCGCUAAGGAAGUGGAGAAGGUCAAGCGCGCGGAGGGCUACGUCAUCGACACCCCUACUGCAUCGGGAUUGUCUCACAAUGCGCGCCCGCGGCCGCAACAUCCGUCGGCGACGUACAAGGACUUGGAUGAGAAGAUGGAGGAGGCCGGCGUGUCCUCCAUUCUCGUGGUGCAGGAGGGCAAGCUGAUGGGCGUGGUGACCAGGCGCGACGUCGCCCUCAUCGAUGACCCCAACGAACCAGUUUCGAAGAUCAUGACGCCGCGCAAGGAGCUGAUUGUGGGUCGCCCCGGCAUCGGCUUCGAGGAGGCCCGAGACAUCGUCCAAGCAAACAGGAUCAAGAUUUUGCCUCUCGUGGACGAGGAGAACAGGCUCAAGGGCCUGGUGACGUCGAAGGACAUACUUAACCAGAUGCGCCGUCCCUUUGCGUCGCUCGACAAGCGCGGCCAGCUGCUCGUCGGCGCCGCGGUGGGCGUCAAGGAGGGCUUCCUGCAGCGCGCGGAGCGCUUGAUCAAGUCCGGCGCCAACGCUCUGGUCAUCGACAUUGCCCACGGCCACAGUGAUUUGGCGAUCGACGCGCUGGUGGCGCUGAAGAAGCACUUCCCCACGAUGGACGUCAUUGCAGGCAACGUGGCCACGGCCGAGGGGACGCGUGACCUAAUUGAUGCGGGAGCCGAUGGUAUCAAGGUCGGCGUCGGGCCUGGUUCCAUCGGUGACAUCACCAAGGCUAUCGCCGGCGGUGCCUCCACCGUCAUGCUCGGAAGUUCUCUGGCGGGCACAGACGAAUCGCCCGGACAGACGCUCAUCAAAGGCGGCAAGAAGGUCAAAAUCAUCCGCGGCAUGGCCGGGUACGGCGCCAACUUGAGCAACAAGGAGCGCCAGCAGCUGAAGGACGACGUCUUCGAGAUCGUGCCCGAGGGCGUGGAGGGCGUGGUCCCCUACCGAGGCGCCGUUUCGGGCAUCAUACGCCAGCUCGUGGGCGGUUUGUGCAGCGGGGUGUCCUACUGCGGCGCGCACGACAUCGAGGGCAUGCAGGCCAACGCCGAGUUCAUCCGCAUCACGCCGGCGGGCAGGAAGGAGAGCGGCAGCCACGACAUCUCAGAGAUCUAG